AUGCCAGGUUCUGAGAGUAACUCAGUGUCUUCCCAUGAAGGUGUUAUAAAUGAUACUUCAGACGUGAGUGAAAUGAAACUCUCAGAUGAAGAAGGGUCAGUGGGAAAAGGAGCAAUGGCUGUGCCUGAGAAGAACGGGUACCGCGACUCCGUGUACGCAAACGCAGCUCAGAUUUUCCAAGGCAUUCGCACUGCAAAGCCUGAAGACAGAACACUGCUGCGCUACGGAGGGGACUCGGCAUCUCCCGUGCCGACUUGGAAAGAUGAGCAUUCCCAGCGUGCCUCUUACAAACUUGCUUUCAAUGCUUUAAAAUAUCAAGAUAUUCUUGAAGAAAUAUUGUUAGAUAGUUGUGUUUACCCAUGCCAAUCGAUACCAGAUGAAUUAACCAGCUUGCUUGUUGUGAUGCUUCAUGACUUACAAGACAGAAAGUUUCAAGCACGAGAAAUUUUUGAUGAAGAGGAACCUAUAGCAGAAGUUAAGAAAAUAGAGCAUUAUCUAUACAGUUUUAGGACCAAAUUGGCAGCUGCACUAGCCAGAUACCGCAUCAAACAUGAUGCUCUUUCAAUUGAACAUGUUCUACCAGAAACUAUACGGAAGCAGGAACAAAGGGCUUCUGCUUUACCUUUAUGUGUUUGGAUAAACACAUUUAAAACCAGCCUUCAAGAUGUUUUUGGAGAUUUGAAGAAGGAGGGGUUCACAAGAGUUGCGUCUGUGUCAGACUUCAACCAUUAUACCUACUGUGUGGACCAGCACUGCCACGAUGUAUUGUUUUUUCCCUCCUCUCAUAAAGAAGAACUGCUUCAUUUAGAUCUUUUUGCAGAUUGUAAACUCUUACUGCAGGACAAGUCUCGCAGCCUGGCUGUGCACUCUGCCCAGGCACUCCUGAGGACAGAGGAUGAUGUUAUAGUGGCUCACGUAGGCUCCCAUCUGACCAUUGCCCAUAUGUCAGCACUGACAAUCCACACGCUGUCCAGAAUUUUUGUUUGUGGUGUAAAGUCUUCAGCAAAAGAGGCUGAACUGAGGAACUUGUUCAGUCACAUGGGAUGUAAAAACAUUCAGUUGUUACAUGAAGACUUCAUUGAGAUUGAACCAACAGAUCUGAGACUUGAAAAGGGAAAAGUUGUUUUGCUGCUACCACAAUGUUCUGGGCUGGGUGUUGGCAAUCCAAUAGACUUUAUUCUAAAUGAACGUGGAGAUGCAGGAUUGCUAAGGGACAUUUUCCAAGGAUCUGUGUCUGAGGAUAAACUCCGUGUUCUGGCUGAGAGGCAGCUGUGUGAGUUGAUGCAUGCAAUGACAUUUAACAACGUACAAGGUAUUGUUUACUGUACUUGUUCGAUUUACCCAGAGGAAAAUGAACUAGUAGUGAAAAAAGCCCUGGAAUCUGGAGUGGAAGGAAAUAAAGUACAAUCAUAUAGGCUUAUUCCUCCUGUUUUUUCUACUUGCUCAAAUCAAGAGGCUUCCACUGAUAUUUUUUUCAAAAUAGAGCCAUCAGAAAUUUCCAGUGGCUGUUUUCUAGCUAUUCUAGAAAGGGAGAAAGAUUCUUCUGAGAACAUGUCUGUUGGAGACAUUUUGGCUUGUGCUGCAGCAAAAGGACCACUAGACGGUGGUGUAGAAAAACCCAAGAAAGAGAAGAAAAAGCAGAAAGCAACACAACGUAGAUGGAAUAUCACUGGUAGCGGUAGAGAGCCAAAGACUGCACAGGUCCUUCACCAUGUUAAGGCUGAAGUUCCCAUGUCUAGAGCAGUCAGUAACAUACAGCAGAAGAGUGUGAAUCGAGGAAAACCCCGUGCUGAGGUGAAGAACUCCACCAAGCCCCUUUCAGAG